UGCUUCAACAGCGGCAACUCGAAAGCGGGAUGGCCGUCGACGAAUGCAGCUGAGAUGUUGCCACCGAGUCCAUCACAUGUACGAGGAGCUGAAUACGUGAAGAUUCCUCAUGAGCGAGAUCAAUUGCAACCAGGAUUUAGGAAGCGAGACGCCUAUAUAACCUUCGAUCGCUGGCACGAAAGAACAUCACCACCAACUCAGAGAUCUCCCUUGGAUUCACCCCGAGCGAGAAAUCAAUCCCUCCUCUCAUACCUUCCAAUUUCUUCACGAGAAUCCCGAAUCUCCAACCGCAACAAUGUCUACACUCCUCGCCCCGUACCAGAAUGCCAUGCGCCUCGGCCAAGGAUUCAACUCCUACACGCAGCAGAUCUGCGUGGACAAUGCGGUCAAAGUGACCGACCGCAAGACCGGCAACACGAUCACAGACCUAGCCGAGACCGGCACGGUGAAGAACCGCUCCAACUCUCAGAUCGUGACGUAUAACUCUCGGCACGUCGACAAGCUGUCCGACGUGUCGGACUCGAUGAACAUCAGUGGCAGCUUGGCGAUCAAGUACGGAACGAUCCAGGGCUCGGGCUCCGGCGCGUUCGUCGACACCAACAAGUUCCGCGAGAGCGAUAUGAACUUCCUGCUGCAGGUCAAGGUCAUCAACCAGACGCAGAUCCUCGAGGAGUCGUAUGAAUACCAGAAGCUGGCAAAUGUCUCGAAGGAGAAGUUUACAGAGGUCUUUGGCGACUGUUUCAUCUCCGGCUUUCUGGAGGGCGGAGAGUUCAAUGCCCUCAUCAGCAUCAAGGUCCUCGAUAAAUCAAAACUGAGGGAUAUCAAGGCUGCAGCAUCACUCGCGCUGAGUGUCGGGGGUGUCGGAAUCGAGGCCAGCGGCUCGGUCGGCAUCAAGAGUUCGGAGAUCGCCCAGCACACGGAGACGACCGUGAGCGUCAGCUGGUCCGGCGGCGGUGUUCUGAAGAGGCCCGAGGAGGUGUGGAACAUCUCUACCGUGACAGCUGCGGCCUCGAAGUUUGCGGACCUGGUUGCGCAGACCCCUCAGCGCACCAGUGCAAUCCUCACACGGUACACGAGUCUUCGCUCGUUCGUCAUCGACCAGAAGGAUCUCUCCCCCCUGAACUACGAUAAUGCGGGUGUCUACACCGCCGAUCUGCUCGACGCGUACAUGGACUACAAGCUCCACUGGAAGAACAUCAAUAUCAUGCUCGACGAAUCCGCCCUAUACAUCAAGAACCCGGAGCCAGUCUACCUCCCCGCGGACCUCACCACCGACGAGAAGACCGAUGUGACCCUUUACGAGCCGAACGCCUUUUCACUCACUCGCGCACGCACCUUCUGCCGGCAGCAGAUGAUCCGGAUCGUGACCGAAGUCGACGUAGUCGCUAAGGACCCCACCACCGCGUGCAAGGAUAGCAAGGCGCCGUACCAGAGCCCGGACAUCUUCCGCGCGCGGCUACCAGUGCUCCGGAAGAUCGAGCCGACCACUGUCCCGGCAGCAGCGGUGGAGGAGGGAAAGUCCCUGCAGAACCGCAGGAGGUCCGCGUUCGCCGCGCUCAGGUUGGAUGGGUAUAAGCAGACGCAUCUGUACUAUGUCGAUACGGCGGGGAAUAUUAGGUACUCGGUGUGCAACAUCGAGGCGGGAACGCAGGCCGGCGUGUGGAAAGAUGGCGGCAUCGUCGAGGAGGCGAAGAAUGUUGCGGCGAAUACGCCCAUUGCCGCUGCGGCGACGUUUGGUAGCGGGAAGAAGGUUGGUUCACAGUUCUCCUCCCCUUCCCUUCCCUGGGUGUGUAGGCACGUACGUGCGUGCUAACUUCUCCCUUCCCAGCCGCGCGUCAUCUUCUUCAACACGCUGUGGCAGCUGCGCGAGCGCACGAUGGACGACAAGGGCGUGUGGACGGACGGCAUGGCGAUUCCCGCGAAGCUGAAGUUCGAGCCGGCGCCGUACUCGCAGCUCGGCUACGCUACUAGCACUGCCAGAGGAGGCCUCGGAUGGGUCUUCUACCAAGGAAAGGACAACAGGAUCGUUGAAUGCUGGUACGAUGUGGCAAAUAUGGCUUUCCACGAUGAUGGCGCCGGCCGCGAUAAGUACCUCCCUGCGGCACCCGGAACAGCCAUCGGCGCCGCCACGGCAAUCCAUUGCAGCAUCAACUACCAGCUAGAUAAUGGGCAGCACACGCAAUUCUGGUGGAACCCUAUCGACAACCUGUGGAACAUCGGUGUGUAC